CGGUGGAUCGGAAAAAUCCGUAAGAUUUUCAGUUUUUCCACAAAUUUCGCUCGGUGUCGAUGCGGAGAUGCACUCGGACAGUGUUUACCGGCUCGUGAGCGAGCUGGUCAAAUCGAUUGGCGACGAGUGCAACGCAUCGGCGGACGUGAAAGUGUUGAAAAGAUGCCGCUCCCUAACAUUUGGUGUGCUGCUUGGCAAAGGGCACCAACAACCUUCAUGUAUCGGAAUGCGGCCACAGCACCGAACACUAGCCGAGUGCGACGAUUCCGUUGAUCCGGUGGAUGCGCUGGAAUGCCAUCACUUUGAGUUACUGAUGACCUCCCGCUAUCGGUAUCAGAUGGAACGGAACAAGCGAUUUGAGCAUCUGCUCGAUCAGAUGAAACUCGAUCGCAAGCGGCAGGGCGAUUCUGGCCACCCGAACGAAUCCGAUCGUACGCUGUUACAGUUUUUGUUGCUUUUAAAAAACCAAUCCACCGAUGAUUGUCCUCCAACCGACCGGACGCAGACAUCAUUUUUUGCCAACGAAAAAAUGCCCGCCAUCAGGUACGGACCGUAUCCGAUCUUCAAAUCCGUCGACUUCCGGCUCAACCAGCGGCUUAUCGAGUCGUGUUACGAUGAGAAAUCGAACCCGUACCUCUACCGUGCCACUCCGUCUUCCUGUAACGUCUUUACCGCACACCUUUCCAACAUGCUCGCCCAUGAGUCCGAACGAACCGGACCGCUUCCCGUUGACUGUUCUUACUUUAGUGAUAAUCUAGCCGCCGCGGCACACUACGAUGGUCCGUUUCGUUAUAAUCUUCUGAAAAAUGGCCAGAAAUUGAGGAAAAGCCUCACAGCAGCCUUGUACAAACCACCGAAUGAUGCAUUCAGUUGUCCGGAAGCCAAACAAUCAAAUCGUAGAAUGAUUUACGGAACGAACUGGGAGAACCUCGGUGAACGGUUCGUACCGGAGGAGAAAUCAUUCCUUUCCGAGUGCCAAGGAUCACUGUUCCGGUUGCUGGCGGUAGAAGCUUCCACAAAGUCACCGAAAGAACAGCUAGACAUUAAAGUUGUUCGUCAAAGUAACUUUCUGCGUGACAUCAAGUUCCUGUUAAUGGGUAUUAGUUCCAGUGUUUUCCAUUUUGAUGAAUCCAAUCACUUCCUGGCAGUUCCCAAUCUCACGCUCGCGGAUGUACGGAUUAGCUCGAUGCAACCGCUGAUCGAUCGGGCACUAGAGAUCGGUACCUGCUUCCGGCGGUUACAGAUGAUGACUCGCAAAAAUCCGUACACCCUCGAGAUGCUUCUGGAGGGUUUCGUGUUUCGAGCGUUCUGUGAAAGUGUUGCCAACUUCCUCUGCUGCUACCGGGUGCUGGUGAAUGCGUACGAGGGCGGUUCGGUGUUGCAGUUGCUUAACACCUUAGCGCCAGCCAGUGAUCAGCUACUGGCGAUGGCUCGGCUGUGUGGUAUUCAUCCGCAGCAUGAAAGUGAUCGUGACUUUCCCACCGGUUCUCGGUUGCUUGAUCAUCUGUACCGGGAGUUACUGGAAGCCACGCGGCCAUGUGUUAGUGCGUUCCUGCUGAGUACGCUGCGGCGUUGUAGCCUCGAGUAUUUUGCCAUCUUUCAGCGCUGGCUAUUCGGUGGCCAGUUGCAUGAUCCUUCCGGGGAGCUGUUUGUGUAUUUUGUGGAUCAUUAUCGACCGAAUACGAAGCACUUUUUCGAUAAGGCGUAUCUUAUACGACGGCAUAGCGUACCAGGGUUUCUGCGAGGCUUCGAGGAGGAUGUCUUGCUGUGUGGAAAGUAUGCGCAGCUACUGAAAGCCUUUCGGCCACUGCAUCCUCUGUUUACGCUUCGUCAACCAGAGCUUACCGUCUGUCUAUCGUUUGAAGCAGUCGAUCAGCAUCGAGUACGCUGGUUAAGAUAUGCGAAGCAAGCGCGGCAACUGUGUGGUCCCACCGUUUCAGUUCGUGAGCUGUAUGAAGCCCAGGAACGUGCACACGAGGAACGAUGCCGUCAGGUGGAGGAAGGCUUCCGUCUCAUCAUGGACAAGUGGCGCCAGGAGCAGACGGCCGAGGAGCAAGAACUGGAACGUAAAAAGAAGAAACAAUUCGAGCUUCUCCUUGGCCAGUUAACCGAAGCGAGGGAAAAUAAGCUAGCCGCAAAGCGGCGCGAGUUACUGCGUGAGGUGCAGGACGAGAACGAUCGGAUGGAGGUGGACAGUCGUCGGUUGCUUGAUGAAAAUUACGAACUGGUACAGCGAGUUGAAAAGUACACCGAGCUCAACCGACUGGCCGAUAAGCAGCUGGAGCGCUUGAAGCUAGCAGAGCUAACCAUCGUACCGGUGGUGACGGUAUCGAGUGAACCGAACACGGAAGCGGACAGUGAGGCAGGGUUCCAGAGUUGCCGUGAAAGCUAUGCCAGCGCCACGAGUCCUUCGAUCUAUGAGGAUGCACAAAAGUCUCCGGUUUUCAGUAGCAACAGCAGUGGCAGCACCAGCACUAGCAUCAGUAGUGCUCCCGGAAAAGAUAUGGAUGCGUCCGGUUCCAGCGUUUCCGAAGAUCUGCUCGAGGCCACCAUCGUCGAGUGUCCGAUUGUGCCGCAGAUCGAUAGCCUAGCAGCGGAAACGGAUCGUCUUAACUGUAACCUACCAACGGUAGUGGUUGCCAUGGAGACGAGUGAAGGGGAACGAAACCGUCAGAGGGUACUCGGUUCUACGCUCGCCUCUUACCUAAACGAGGAUACGGCCAACGCAAACGUGACCGCACCACUGCUGGUCAGCGCUGGCCAGGGGGGUGGUAUGAGCAAACUGACCGAAGCGCAGCGCAAUAAGUUAAAAAUCUUGUCCCAAGAGUUUGAAAUCGCUCCGACGACGACGGCGACAACGGAUGUGAAUUGCAAUCGCCUCGAAGAGUCACGCCGGAAUCGUGAGAAAAUUCUUAUCAGUGAUUACACUAACCGGCUGGAAGAUGCACCGGGAGCGAUUCCUCAACCACCAGCCGAUCAGGAGCUAACGGAAUUGCAACGGAAUCGUAGAAAGAUCAUGAAUCAAGAGUACAAUCUGGUCCUUGGUGAGGAUGAACGUGAUGGACAGAGGGCAGUUCAAAAGGGAAAGAUGUACUUGACGCUGGAGACGGAUCGGGCACGUAAUCGGCGCCGUGUCAUGGAUUCCGAGUACGCCAUGGGGCCGGGAAUGGCGAGAGUUGAGUCUAGCAUUUACGCCGAUACGCCCAUGUCGGUCGAUAGCGAUACAAUGGAGUCAUCGGUGAGUCCUUCUGUGUUUCCCGGGCCAGGACCACAGCAGGAGCCACAGGAUAUUAAUGCAAACCCACUGGAAACACCCGAUGAUGGGCCACUGAAACUGGAUGUACAGGCGGCGGCUGAAGCAGCCGAAAGGUUUGGACGUGGCCAGCGCUUUGGUAUUCCUGAUACCGCUACUCUACAGCAGGAAACACCGGCCAGUGCCCUCAAAGAACGGGAGACGGUAGAUGGGUUCGAUUUUUCCAAAGCAUUAACUUUAGAGUCAACGAAGAAAACGAGCGUUGCGGUUGAUGUGGAAGAUGAUGAGAUUUAUCGUGAGUUUGUGCAAGCACUUCGGAAGCAGACCACCAAUUUCUUCCGUCUGGCGAUCCCUCCGGAAGAGGAAGUUGAGAUUGCAGAGGAAAGUGAUCGUACAAUCCCCGAUCCGGAGCUAAACAGUCUCGAUCCACUGACCAUCACACGGUUCCUGCAGUACUCACUCGUGAUACCACUGCGCGCUCACAUGGAGAUCGUGAACAACGAGAUACUGAAGAUGUACCUGUACGAUCUGGAUCUGUUGAGCCACUUUGAGAGUCUGCGCAACUACUUCCUCCUAAUGGAUGGUGAAUUCUCGGCCCACAUCUGCGAUAGUCUGUUUGGACGGCUCGAGACGGUUCAUUCGCCCUAUGAGCUCUUGAAUUAUCAAACUCUUCACGCGAUCCUCGACGGUGCACUGUACUGCAGCAAUGCGGGCAGUGAUCCGAAUGCGGAACGGCUUUCCUUCAUCGUGUGCCAGGUACCGGACCAAUUCGAUCUCUACGCCCCGAAUGCGAUCAGUAUGCUGAACCUUAGCUACCGGGUCGAGUGGCCACUGAAUCUCAUCCUAACGCCCGAAGCGAUCGAACAGUACACGAACGUGUUCCGGUAUCUGGUGAAGGUACGGCGCAUCAGCUAUGCGCUCGAGAAUGCGUUCGAGUUGUUGAAAGAUGCACGGAAACGCUUUGGUAGAGCGUUACUACAAUCACCACAGUACGCCCGGGUGCAACUGAUACGCCACAAGCUGUCACAACUGGUGAACGCACUGAAAACUUACCUGAGCAGCAUGCUCAGUGCAUCCUGGGAGACAUUCCGGGCGGAUCUGCAGGAUGCGACGGAAACGAUGGAAGAUCUGUACCGCAAACACCGGACGUACGUCAAACGCAUCAUUUUCCUGUGUCUCUUAAACAAGCGUAGCAUCGAACUGUACGACAAUAUUGAGCGGGUGUUCCGCGUUGUGCUGCGGUUCUACUGUCAUCUACGGUCCAAAGAUUGGAAGCUACAGUCGUCAGGUGCUCCGCAAGAGCGAUACGAGCAUCCACUGUACGAUCAGAUGCUGGUCGAUGAGCUAAAGUUCGAUAAACUCGUCAAGGGAACGCUACAGAUCGGCAACAAACUCUACGAUGAAGGUUAUCUGAAGGAAAUAUUCGAAUUUUUGCAUCUCGUCAACAUCAACGGAUAUUACGAGGGAAUCGCGGGUUGAAUGGUGGUCGCCCUUCAUAUCGGUGAAAGGUUGUUUUAGCUAGCGGAUUGUUUGCUUUGUUUCGCCGUUCCUUUAUUGUUAACCGAUCAGUUUCGGUGAGCUGUUAAGGUGUUUCCUUCUUCCGCCAGGUUUUUCUGGGGUAUUUUUUCUGAUGUUUUUCGAAGAAAAAUCUAUGCGUUAGAAAUGUUUUUUAAUGUGUCGCCACGUGGCAUCCGUUUAACUUAUUUAAAAUCUUAACCAAUUCCAUUCACUAGCUAGGUAGUUAAAGAUCUCCGUUUCUCUUGCCCGGCUUGGGUCGAGUUUGUAAAGCAAUCGUUUUAUAAAUGUUGUACAUGUAUAAAUGCUUUACAAUAGAAUGAAUACAUAAUCUCAUGCAAUGCAGGUACAUUUAUACUAUACUAAAUCAUAAAAAUGGAAAAUAAAUUAUUUGUCUAACCUAAACAUGUGCUGUUUCUUGCUUUCUUUGGUUUUCUAGCAUGGGAAAGAUCGCGUUAAAAUUCCUCCCAUUCCACCAAAUCCCUUUUCCUUGGCAAGAGUGUUUUUUUUUAAAUUCCAUUUGCAAUUGAAUAUUAAUGUUAUGCAUUGCAAUUUAA